CGCGGCGCCGCCACUAUGACCGCGGACCCGUCGGCGCAGCUCCCCGACAGCCUCCGCACGGACCAUGUUCCAUGCCUUUUUUAGAUCUACCUUACCAGUUCUGCCACUUCUCCUUGUUCUGUCUCCAGUGAAUGCAUCUACUUGUGCAAUGGGAAAUAAAACAACAGAAAUCCGUGUGAAGUAUGAGAAUAUACUAAGUCACGACAUCAAUGAGCUGGUAAAUAUGUCUGCAGAGAAUUAUGACUGGUGCUGCAAUAAGAAAAAAUAUGAAAAUAUCAAAGUGUUUUUCUGCAAUGAUACUGAGGAAAUAGAAUCACUACAGAGCAUGGCGUGCAACAUGCUCAGGUUCUUUUAUAAGCAGAGGAUCAACAAAGCCUUUAGACAGAAAGCAGCAUUUGUCUCAUGUGGGACAUUACAAGUUCUACAGUGUAAAUGUGAAAGACGUAAAAAAGAAAAGGUUUGCUCAGAUGUAUUUAGUUUAGAAGAUACAGAGACAGGUGAACAGUCUAAAAAGAAAUGUAACCAAGAAGUUUGUGAACUGAAAGAAAAUAUAUCUAGCCUUCGAUCCUGCUGGAAUAAAUUUGAAAAAAUAAUUUCCAGGUGAUUCCAGGUGAAUCCUGCUCUUUUCUUUCAAAGUGGCAUUACUUGGUACCUUUGCAUUUUAUAUGCAUUCUUCAAGUAAACUUGCUCGCUUAUAUGAACACUUUAUGCCAGAAUUCUGAUGGGAGGCUACUGUACCUUGUUCCUGGAGAUGACAGAAACAGAAAUGGCUGAACCAAGCUGCCGAAGUCCGAGAAGUGGAAAUAUAAGACCAGCAUUUGAAAAAAAGAACUCUGCAGAAGUCUGUGUCCACCUUUUGUGCUCUGGAAACUACCCUGAAUUUUCCAAUUCUUUGAGUAACUUUAUAGUACUGUCAUAUGAAAGCAGCCACUUACAUGUCUACUGGAUUUUACAAAAAAAUCAUGGAAUCUGCAGGUGAAGAAAAAAAGAGUAUGAAAAAGUAGCUGGUUUCUUUAUAUCUAUGCAAAACACACCAAGGAUCAAAAGUAACAAUUUACCAAAGCAGCAGAUUAUCUUGGAUAUGUUCUCCUGACACAGAAGUGGUUUUGGUGUGGGUCCGAUGAGUCUGCUAACUGAUUUGGGUUUGGAAAAACAGGGAAAAAGUUAGCUUUUUGAAAAACUGAAGAAGGGUACUGAUUUUUGAGAGGUGCAGCAUGCCUCUGCUGGCUGAAGCACAGGCAAGACUGAAUCCUGUGGAAGAAGAAAAAGAUGCCUGAAUGUAAGCUGUUCAGUUGACUGGAAACAGCACUACACUCAUUCAUUUUAUCAACCCAGUGUUAGCUGCAGGAGGAGCUAGAAUUCCUUAGCUUCAGAUUGUGAUUUCUCAUAUGCAAAUAUUUUAUGUAACAUGUUUUAAGAUGUUAGGCAAACAUGA